GCAACUGCGUGUUUGAGCGGUCGCUGAAACUCUCCCGUCUCUUGAACAACAGCGUUCACAAUCCGCGCGGUGGCGCAACAAGCUCACGUCCAGUCUUAUGAGAUUUUGGGGAAUUCAUUAACAAGGGAGCGAGGUAAAGAGGCAACAGAGCUCGGAAGAUUUACUGUGAAGCGCUAUAUUUUGUCAAUGACGACACAUGCACCUAUAGCCAGCCACUGAACUGUGAUAAACAUUUAUGUUGUCGGACUAUUGAGCAUAGCAAUAAAGCUACAGCACGUUUUUGGACAUUUUAUUCUCGUUUUGGAGGUGAACGUUGUGCCGACAGUCUUUAUCCGCUUUAAAAUGAGUGUAGGACUAAUGCUCAACCGACCCGUCAACACUGCACUUUCGUGAGAAUAAGAGGGUGAAGUGCUGAAUCGUUUCAAAACGGACUGGGGUACACGGUUUUGCGAUCGUGCCUGCUUCAUAAACAGAGCUUGGGACAAUCUCAGAACGUUGAAUGGAUGGCGGGGUGCGGGAUAUGCGGAUUUUGUAACUAGAGGCACGGACAGCUUGGAGUGAAAAGUUCCGUCAGAGAAGCUGUCGAAAAAAAACGAGAAAUUUUCAUCCCCCUACUGUGUAAAGUGGAUUCACACGCUCUCCAGGAUACCAGGGAGGACAAUUAAGCAGGAAUACUUACAGGAGAUUGAUCAUUUGGUAGUAUGCAAUGUAAGUGCAUUGCAGAAUUUUGCACCUCUGCAACAGGGGACGGGGCAAUGUUGAGAGUUGCUCUUUUUCGGGACAUUGAGGUAAAGAUGUUUAACGGCAACACAUCAUGGAGCUAAAGUUAAACCUAACUCGUGGGAAAAGGCAUUGAUUAAAGUUAAGACCAGGUAGAGAUGGAUUGAAGGUAGGCCCUUUCUUUGGUCGGGAGACGAGAUAUUGCCAUGACCGCCGUGUGGUCGGCGGGUUCCCUGUGAUUUGCGGGAACGGGUCUGAGUGUGACACAGGAGGACGGGUGGACACUGUAUCCAAGGGCUCGUUUCUUUUUGCGGCUGUGGGGAAUGAGGCUGAACACCACCACCAUGGAUGGCAGCUCGCUGGCUGCUGAGCAGGACUCCUCGUUCCGAGUGCUCACGGGCUGCUUCCUCUCGCUGCUGAUCCUCUCCACGCUGCUCGGCAACACCCUGGUCUGCGUGGCGGUCAUCCGCUUUCGCCACCUGCGGACGAAGGUCACCAACUUCUUUGUGAUCUCGCUGGCCGUCUCCGACCUGUUGGUGGCGGUGCUGGUGAUGCCCUGGAAGGCGGUGAGCGAGAUCGCGGGCUUUUGGCCCUUCGGCCCCUUCUGCAACGUGUGGGUGGCCUUCGACAUCAUGUGCUCCACCGCCUCGAUUCUCAACCUGUGCGUGAUCAGCGUGGACAGGUACUGGGCCAUCUCCAGCCCCUUCCGCUACGAGCGGAAAAUGACACCCAAAGUGGCUUUCGUGAUGAUCAGUGCGGCGUGGAGCCUUUCGCUGCUGAUCUCCUUCAUCCCCGUUCAACUCGAUUGGCACAAGGCGAGAGCCCCGAAUGGGCUACGUGGCAAUGCCAGCUCCCAGCGCCGAGGGGACAACUGCGAUUCCAGCCUCAAUAGGACGUACGCCAUCUCCUCGUCCCUCAUCAGCUUCUACAUCCCCGUGGCCAUUAUGAUUGUCACCUACACCCGCAUUUACCGGAUUGCCCAGAAACAGAUCCGGCGUAUCUCGGCCCUGGAGAGAGCCGCGGUGCACGCCAAGAACUGCCAGAGUGACCGGAGCAGCGCCAGCACCGCUGACAUCCAGCCCGAGAGCUCCUUCAAGAUGUCCUUCAAGCGGGAGACCAAAGUGCUCAAGACCCUGUCGGUGAUCAUGGGCGUCUUCGUGUGCUGCUGGCUGCCCUUCUUCAUCCUCAAUUGCAUGGUGCCGUUCUGUGAGAGUCACGCCAGCCCGCCGCCCCUGCCCUGUGUCAGCGGCAGCACCUUCGAUGUCUUUGUCUGGUUCGGCUGGGCCAACUCCUCCCUCAACCCCAUCAUCUAUGCCUUCAAUGCAGACUUCCGCAAAGCUUUCUCCACCCUGCUGGGCUGCGACACUCUGUGCGCCAGCAACGCGGUGGAGACGGUCACCAUCCACAACGGAGUCUCCUCGUACCAUCCCGGGCCAUCCCUGGAUAAAGCGGAGAACAGUGUCUACCUGAUCCCCCAUUCGGUGUGCUGCCCUCCAGAAACCCCGACCGACCCCAACCGCAGCGCAAAGCUCUCGCCCAUUUCCCAGCACGGGGCGGUUAGCCUUCUGUCCAGCAAUGGGGACUAUGAGACAGACGUGUCCUUGGAAAAGAUCAUUCCCAUUACCCAAAACGGCCAACACAACACCUGACCGCACCGGAAGAAAAGCUGCUUUUCUAUGUAGUAGAGCCAACAUACAUGCCAACUAGUGUCAAACGUUUUACACUCGGUUUGCCCAUUACUAACAAAACACUGCUUAGUGUAGUUACUUGAACUUCAAGUUACAUAUAACAGAGUCCUUCAUUUACCCCUAUUUAAUAUUGGACUUUUAAUGAAAUUAAGUGAGAAAGGUUCUGUAAUUCCUUCUGGAUAGAUGGCAUUCAUUCCUAUAUUCAGUAUUGAAGCCUGUGCAGUACAGUGGCUACAAAACACCAGUCCUAUUUUGUAAUAUCACCUGCGACUGUAUUGGAACAGAAACCGGCUUCAUGCACAGCUGAUAACUGUGAAACAAUGGGUGAAUGUGGCCCAGUAAUCAGUGUGGAAUAUUGCUGCAGCCUUUAAAAUGAUUUGCAAAACAUUCAUUAGGUGGAGUUUUAAUACAUUUUUGUUACCUGUUAAUUCCCAGUUGCAGCCACAUUGUAAUUGUAAGAUUGACAACAAACAUUGAGUGAGUCCUGUCUUCAACUCAGUACUAAACAAUCCCAACCUGAAAAACCAGUAAGAAUUGGGAUUAUGGUCUGCCUUUGCUGGCACCACCUUUAAGUUCCAGUGACAUUCCCUGCUGCAGAAAAGACAUACAAUUUCCCUAUAGUCAUGAUAGGAUGGGAAUGAUGUGGGAAGGCUCAUGACGCUAUCAAUUUCUAAAGUUUGAAAACUGUAUUCAACAUAGAACUAUUUAUUAACUGAUUUAACAUCACAACUUGUAGUGGUAUACAGCAAAUGUGGGGCUGUAACUAGUAUUUAGAUUUCUCCCCCCUGAAAAAACUCAAUGGAUUUCAACAUGCUGAAACGUGCGUGAGUUGUAUUGUCAGACAGUAAAGAGUUUCCUCCUUACUUGUUGAGAACUAAACUUACUGCACAUAUCUGUGUGUCAUAAUACAUUCUGUGCUUAUUCCUCUACUGAAAUGCUGUCACACCCAUUCUAAUUUUAUACAUUCUUGUUCUAUGUACUGAUCAUUUAUGAAAAUUGUAUAUGGUGUGUAUUUUCAAAAUGGCAGUGAUUGCCCCUCUAUUAAUUGUCUUAACCAUCCCCCAACCCUUUCCAUUAUUGAUAAAUUUCCUGUCUUCUCCUCAUGCGCUCUUCCUUUUGUUUCUUGUAUUGACAAACCAGUAAUCAUACAUAGGAACUGCCCAUUGUGUGCUGUUUGGUACAAUACUGUGCACAAGUGUGAAAGCUUGGAAAAUUGUGUUAUGUAUGGUUUGUCUUCUUUGCUUACCUCAGAACUAGCUAAUUUGAAAAAAAAGUCACUCUGUGCCUGUGUUAUUUUAACCUGAACUCUCAAAUAAUCCUGCACCAUGGUGAACUGAGAAACAAACAUGGAUCAGAUGCCAAAAGCCUGGUGUUUUCAGGUUUUCUGAUCACUGAGACUGUUUUGUCAAAGGGCCGAGCAAUUCAGAUACCGAUAGUGAAUGUACAACUGAAUGUCAUAUAAUUAAAUGUUCAGUUCAAUAAUGUACAGUGAUGCUGAUCAUGUUGCUCCUGUUAAAGUGAAUGUCCUGGAAUUUGUUUUCAUUUACAGGUGUUGGGAAUAUGUAAGCUAUUUUAGUGGCAGUAGCUGAACAAUGUACAGUCCUGUGGUAUAGGCCUGUCACAUUAGCUUUCAAUAUUCAUCGCCAGUAGACCAAAAAAACUUGUAAAAUCUAUUAUAUGGAUUGGGUACCUGUCAUGUGGAUGAAACAGAAAAUUGGAUCCAGAGGAUGCCUUCUCUGCAGGCAUUAAUUACUGUUGCAGUGGAGGAUCAGAUAUAAACAUCAAGUAAUAGCUGAACACCACAGCUUCUAUUCAUCCAUCUCACAAUUUGCAAGCUAGAUUAAGCAUAAUUAGAUGUAAUGUUCAAAAACUUUGCAACAUCAUCUUUGUAAGAAUUAGAAGCAUUGACAGGUCUGACAGCAUCUGUGGAUUUAGAAACAGAGUUAAUAUUAGAGGUUGGUGACCAUUUAUCAGUAAUAACUCAGUUGGUAGUUGGACCUAGUUGAGAAGGGGAAGGAACAAGUUGAGUUAUGUUAUGAGACGUGUUUUGGGCUAGUAGCAGUCAGGUUGGUUUGGGAGGGAAUUGAAGGGUCUGGUGGGAUUUGGAUAAAGAAAUUGCAUCAGAUGGGAGACCGUGGGGGCAGGGUGGAUUUGGAGGUCUCGGAGGGAAGUUGAGAGUCAGAUAGUGUUGGAAGACUUGAAGAGUUGGGUGAUCAAGGGUGUUGGGGGAGUCAAUUGUUCAGUGAGCAGUAUGUGCUGGGAUGGGGAUUCAGAUGUAUCGUUAUUCAGAAGUGGCACACUUUUAAUCUAUCUAAUGUUUCCUUGGUAACUGUCCAAGUUAGAUCUCUUCAAAAGUGCAGGGAGAUGGAGAAUUGUUUUCCAGAAGUUUAAGCUUCCAGGGAUUCCUGUGGACAGUGCAUUGACACUUUCAACUAUCUGAAGACUGAAAAGAAGAUAUGGGCCAUAAAAACAUCUCAAGGCACAUCAUAGAAGUAUGAAAAAACAAAAUUUGAUGUUGAGCCGUAUAAUGAGAUAAAAUGGCAGAUAAGAGAAAGCUUGGUCAAAGAGCUGGUUAAGAUGUGAUUUAAAGAAGGAAAGAGAGGUAAAAAGGCAGAGAAAUUUACAAAGAAUUUCAUGAUGUGAGAUUUUGGCAGUUGAAGGCACAGUCACCAAUGAUAGAGUGAUUUAAAUCGGCAAUAAUCAAGAGUCUGGAAAUAGAGGAGAGCAGGUAUCAAAGGAUUGUGGGGGAAGUUACAAAGAUUGGGAGGAUGCUGGGAGCAAAAAUGCGUGGUAAUGUCACAAGUAAAGAGAACAGGAUCAGGAGGAGGUGUAAAUGGUUUCACAGAAUGGUUAUAGCAGAAUGGUUAUAACCAAUAUUUGCUGACCAUGUAAAUGUGAAAGGUGGAAUAUUCAGAACUCAUUGUUUAGGUUGCAAGCCUGUAAAGUGCCUAUUAUGUAAUGAGAUGCUACUCCUCGAGUUUACAUUGAGAUUAGUCUCCUUCCACUAUUCUCUCAGGUUGAACUUGGACAUUGUACUCAAGCCCACUGACAAGAGAAACAUCAUUGUUGAUUGGUGAACAGUGGAAUCGGAAAUGGAAACUCCAACACUUUGCCCCUCCUCCUGUAUCACAAUCCAUCUGCUGAUCAUCCAUCAAUUAUUUCCAAACACCUUAUGUUCUCUGAAGGUAUUUUGUGACAGCUACCAACCUUUUGAUUCCAAACUCAGACAGGAUCCGUUUCGGAUAUGUUAUAUCACUUUAACAUUUCCAGUUUAUAAGCCCUGUAUUUUCAUCCUUUAUUUCCCAUACAACCAUCCCCUGACAUGACAGUUUGCAGCCCCCUCUGCUUCUCCCUUGAACAAAGACCUAAGCAAUCCCUGUCAAUCACUACCCACCUUCUCUUUGUAGUCCUGUUCUUUUAACUCCACUCACUUUCUUCAAAUAAUAGAUAUUGCUAUGGGAAUUCAUAUGAUUCCUGGUUCUGCCUGACAUUCUGUGGGAUAUAUGGAUUUGUUCCAGUUGGACAUAGUUUGCCUCCUUAACUCUUUUUCCUGUAUAUUGAAAAUUAUAUUGGUUCACUUCCAGUUUACCUCCUGAAUUGGAUAAUUUAUUUUACUCCCAGUUUUGUCAUCUUAUGGUUCAUCUCUGUUUCUUCCAUUUCCUUCCUCAACUUCUUUAUCUCCAUAGCUGGAGAUAGGCUGUCUACCAAUAUUAAUCAUAAGUUCACUGACUCUCACAGCUACCUUGUUUACACUUUUUCCCAGCUCCCCUUCCUUUAAACAUUCUAUUCUAUCAGUUCCUGUCUCCAUCACAUUUGUAACGAUAUUGCUAUUUUACAGACCAAUGCUUUCAAAAUAUCUUCUUAAUUAGGAUGGUUGGUAGAGCACCCAAUUCUACCUGUUCUAUUACUCUCACUCUUUCUCCUCCUAACAGUAUUUUUUGACCUUUGUUUUGCUGCUAACAAUACUUCACUUCUUCUCAAAUGUUACCACUCCCUUUGCAUUUUGUUCUAUAAUGCCUUUGAUCUCCAACCUGUUUCACUCUCUUUCCUGGAGUGUCAUCAUUUUUUCAUUCACCCCUCCUCUCUUUUAACGAGAACAAAAGAUGUAGGAGCUAUUUGGUCCAUCGAGUCUACUCCACCAUUCAAUGAGAUUGUGGAGACACCAUGGCAGAUCUGAUAAUCCUCAUCUCUACUUUCCUAUCUAUUCCACACACCCCUUGAUUCCAUUACUGUCUGAGAGUUUGCUGUCUCAGCCUUGAAUAUUCUUAAUGACUCAGCCUUGACUGCUCUCUGAAAUAAAGAAUUCCAUAAAUUCACCACCCUCAGAGAAGGAUCUCCUCUUCAUCUCUGUCAAACAUGGGUGAUCCUCUUAUUCUGAUCUCCCAAAACAGGAAAUAUCUCUGAAUCAAUCCCGUCAAGUUUUUUCAGAAUCGUAUGUGCUUCGAUAAAGUCUUCACAUUUUUCUAAAUUACAAUGUGUUCAAGCCCCAUCUACUCAACUUCUCUUCAUUAGAAAAUCUCUCUAUACCUCAAAUCAACCCAAUGAAUCUUCUCUGGAUUUCCUCCAAUGCCUGUAUAUCUUUCUUUAUGUAAGAGGCCCAAAAUUGUUCAGAUUAUUGUAGGUGUGGUCUUACUGGUGCCAGAUAGUAUAGUGAGUUUGUUGACUUGCUCACCGAGUAGGCUUGUUCUCAUUCACAUGUUUUAUCACCAUGCUAAGUAA